CGCUCUUCCCACCUUCCUAUUUCACUGCGCCUCUUUCUUAAUUUUUUUUUUUAAAAAUCAAAAUUAUAAUCAAGAACCAUGCCGCCAAAAUUCGACCCGAGUCAGGUGGUGGACGUGUACGUCCGGGUAACCGGCGGCGAAGUAGGAGCAGCAUCAUCUUUAGCCCCAAAGAUUGGUCCACUGGGUCUUUCACCAAAGAAAAUCGGUGAAGAUAUAGCAAAAGAAACAGCUAAAGAUUGGAAGGGAUUACGUGUCACCGUGAAGCUCACCGUUCAAAACCGUCAGGCAAAAGUGACGGUGGUGCCAUCUGCUGCAGCACUUGUAAUCAAGGCAUUGAAAGAACCAGAGCGUGACAGAAAGAAAACAAAGAAUAUUAAACACAGUGGAAACAUUUCACUUGAUGAUGUUAUUGAGAUUGCUAAAGUAAUGAAACCGAGAUCAAUGGCUAAAGAUUUGAGUGGCACUGUUAAGGAGAUUUUGGGUACUUGUGUUUCUGUUGGGUGCACUGUUGAUUCUAAGGAUCCUAAAGAUCUUCAACAAGAGAUUACUGAUGGUGAUGUUGAGAUUCCACUUGAUUAGUCCCAUCAGAGACUAGAAAAUGAGAUUUUGAAAGCAAUGUUUAUUAUCAGUUUUGUUUUUGUUAGUAAGUUAUCUUUGAAUUUUUAUAUCAUAUGAAUGAGGAGAUGUAAGGUUUUGUUAUAAUUAAUUAUGGGUUAUGAUUUUUGGGUUA